AUGCAUGCUGUUGGUCGCCAGCUGGCAGUGCAGAAGGUAUUGGAUGCGCGCUUCCAUCCGAGGGGCCAGCCUCAGCUUGUCAUUGGCUGCAACGAGGCCCCGAACGAGUUGCUCCUCUUCGACCUCUCCUCCGGCUCCCACCGCCCCCUGCAAGGCCACGCCUGUCAGAUCCAGGCGGUGGAGUACGCCAUGGAUGGUGACGUCAUCCUCUCCUGUGGGGGCUCAUUGCUGCUGCACUCGUGUGGGCCGGGAGUUGCUGCCACCGCCACCGCCACUGCCAGUGGGAACCCGUCAAUUGCGUGUCAUCGCAACAAGAUCCGUGCUCUUGCCGUUAACCAGAAGAUGUCAUACCUAGCAGCCACCAGUGGUGCCAGUGGGGACCCGCAGGUCAUCCUGUGGGACGUGCGUGUAGCCAAGCCCCUCGCCCACCUCUCCCCCUCCUUCACUCUGCCGCCCAGCUGGGCAGUGGGAACAGCUGGCCAGAGUGCUCCGGUGCGAGUGUGCAUGGCAAUGGAUGUGCUGUGCUCAGGGCAGCACGGCAACCUCCCCCGGUGCGAGUGCGCAUGGCGAUGGAUGCGCUGCGCUUCGCUCGCCUUACAUUGCAUGUCUCAUCAUCCAUUCACCCCCAGCAGGGCAGCAACGCAGAGUGCCCGUGUGCGAGUGCCCAUGGCAAUGGAUGCGCUGUGCUGUGCGGACGAGCGCUGGCUCAUUGAGUCCACUUGGCACCAAGUAAAGGGCGGCGGGGAUGGCGGCGUGGCUCUCUUUGAUUCAUGCACGCACAAGGCCAUCACUCGCUUCUCACUGGGAGGCAGUUUUGAGGUGAGAGGGAUCAGAGGGGCGAGGGGAAGGCAGGUGACGUCAGCAGCGUUAAGCCCCUUUGUGGAUUGUGGGGACGAAGGGGUCAAUGAUGCCAGGUGGCUCUCUGCUUUGCCUGGCUUCGUGACUGCCACUGGCAAUGGCAGUGUGGCUGUGUGGGACGUCUCUUUGGCUGAUCCCCUCACUGCCUUCUCCUUCGCACACACUCGAUCUAUCAACACUAUAAAGCAGUCUACAUGCCUGGCUGACAAGGCUGUUGCUUUGGCGUCCCCCUCCCUGCAUGGCAGGUGGCGGGGCCACCCUGUGACGCCUGCAUUGCCUUUUGAGGCGUCUCAAAAGCCUUUUCUUUGCUCUUCCUCCCCCUCCCUCCAUGACCAGGUGGCAGUGGCACCCGAUGAUGCCUGCAUUGCCAUCGGAGGGGAUGAUCAGAAAGUGGUGAGCGCAUUUCUCUCCCCUCUCCUCCAUUCCUAG